CCCAAUAUGGUAUAAAUAAAAGUAAUUAGAUAUCUACAGUAUAUUCCAAGUCGAGUAGGUCGAAGUAGAAUUAUGCACAAUAGUGGAUAAGAUGACUUUGGCACUCUUUUCCUUGAUCGUUACUGCCGGCUUAUUUGCUGGCAGCACAGCAGUAUGUCCACCUGUGGACGGUCCGGAUUCAAUAUAUUCGGCCCUGCCUGAUUGCACCAAGUUUUGCCAGUGUUCGAACGGGGUACCAUAUUUACAUGAAUGUCCAACGCCACUUCAUUUCAACCCUGUUUUAAACGUUUGUGAUUGGCCAUCUGAGGCAGGUUGUUCUGGUGAAACAUCUCAACCAACAACUGAAAAAAGUACAACAAAACAAAGUACUGAAACAACAACCUCACAAAGUACUACUACAACUGCAUCAAGUACUACUACAAAAUCUCCGGCUACCACCACAACUGAGAGUCCUGAAACCACAACAGUCAACGAGUGUGUUCAAGCUGGAAUAACCUGUCCAGCUGUCGAUGGUCCUGAUUCAGUUUACGCCCCGUUACCGGAUUGUACUAAAUUUUGCCAAUGUUCAAACGGUGUACCAUACGUUCACUCUUGUCCAACGCCACUUCAUUUCAACCCAGUUUUAAACGUUUGUGAUUGGCCAUCUGAUGCAGGUUGUACUGGUGGAACAUCUCCAUCAACAACCCAAAAGAGUACAACAGGCACAUCAAGUACUGCAUCUCCACAGAGUACUAACACGACUCCAUCAAGUACUACUACAAAAUCUCCGGCUACCACUACAACUCAGAGUUCUGAAACAACAACAGUAAACGAGUGUGUACAAGCUGGAAUAUCUUGUCCGGCUGUUGACGGUCCUGAUUCAGUUUAUGCUGCAUUACCAGAUUGUACUAAAUUUUGCCAGUGUUCAAAUGGUGUACCAUACGUCCACUCUUGUCCAACUCCACUUCAUUUCAACCCUGUUUUAAACGUUUGUGAUUGGCCAUCUGAUGCAGGUUGUUCUGGUGGAACAUCUCCAUCAACAACCCAAAAGACUACAACAGGUACAUCAAGUACUGCUUCUCCACAAAGUACUAACACGACUCCAUCAAGUACUACUACAAAAUCUCCGGCUACCACUACAACUCAGAGUUCUGAAACAACAACAGUAAACGAGUGUGUACAAGCUGGAAUAACUUGUCCGGCUGUUGACGGUCCUGAUUCAGUUUAUGCUGCAUUACCAGAUUGUACUAAAUUUUGCCAGUGUUCAAAUGGUGUACCGUACGUCCACUCUUGUCCAACUCCACUUCAUUUCAACCCUGUUUUAAACGUUUGUGAUUGGCCAUCUGAUGCAGGUUGUACUGGUGGAACGUCUCCAUCAACAACCCAAAAGAGUACAACAGGUACAUCAAGUACUGCAUCUCCACAGAGUACUAACACGACUCCAUCAAGUACUACUACAAAAUCUCCGGCUACCACUACAACUCAGAGUCCUGAAACCACAACAGUCAACGAGUGUGUUCAAGCUGGCAUAACUUGUCCAGCUGUCGAUGGUCCUGAUUCAGUUUAUGCUGCAUUACCAGAUUGUACUAAAUUUUGCCAGUGUUCAAAUGGUGUACCAUACGUCCACUCUUGUCCAACUCCACUUCAUUUUAACCCUGUUUUAAACGUUUGUGAUUGGCCAUCUGAUGCAGGUUGUACUGGUGGAACAUCUCAACCGACAACUGAAAAGAGUACAACAAAACAAAGUACUGAAACAACAACCUCACAAAGUACUACUACAACUGCAUCGAGUACUACUACAAAGGCCCCAGCUACCACCACAACUGAGAGUCCUGAAACCACAACAGUCAACGAGUGUGUUCAAGCUGGAAUAACCUGUCCAGCUGUCGAUGGCCCUGAUUCAGUUUACGCCCCGUUACCGGAUUGUACUAAAUUUUGCCAAUGUUCAAACGGUGUACCAUACGUUCACUCUUGUCCAACGCCACUUCAUUUCAACCCAGUUUUAAACGUUUGUGAUUGGCCAUCUGAUGCAGGUUGUACUGGUGGAACAUCUCCAUCAACAACCCAAAAGACUACAACAGGUACAUCAAGUACUGCAUCUCCACAGAGUACUAACACGACUCCAUCAAGUACUACUACAAAAUCUCCGGCUACCACUACAACUCAGAGUUCUGAAACAACAACAGUAAACGAGUGUGUACAAGCUGGAAUAACCUGUCCAGCUGUCGAUGGUCCUGAUUCUGUUUACGCCCCAUUACCAGACUGUACUAAAUUUUGCCAAUGUUCAAACGGUGUACCAUACGUUCACUCUUGUCCAACGCCACUUCAUUUCAACCCAGUUUUAAACGUUUGUGAUUGGCCAUCUGAUGCAGGUUGUACCGGUGGAUCAUCGACACCAACGACUCAAAAGAGUACAACAGAACAAAGUACUGAAGCAACAACUCCUAAGACAACUGCAUCAAGUACAACAACUCCACAAAGUACAACUACAACUGCAUCAAGUACAACAACAACACAAAAUACAACUACAACUGCAGCAAGUACAACAACACAACAAAGUACAACUACAACUGCAUCAAGUACAACAACUCCACAAAGUACAACUACAACUGCAUCAAGUACAACCACUCCACAAAGUACUAAUACAACUGCAUCAAGUACAACAACACCACAAAGUACAACUACAACUGCAUCAAGUACAACAACUCCACAAAGUACUAAUACAACUGCAUCAAGUACAACAACACCACAAAGUACAACUACAACUGCAUCAAGUACUACUACAAAGUCCCCAGCUACCAGUACAACUCAGAGUCCCGAAACUACUACAUCAGUAAACGAGUGUGUACAGGCUGGCAUAACUUGUCCUGCUGUCGAUGGACCAGAUUCUGUCUAUGCUCCACUACCAGAUUGUACUAAAUUUUGCCAGUGUUCAAAUGGUGUACCAUACGUUCACUCUUGUCCAACGCCACUUCAUUUCAAUCCAGUUUUAAAUGUUUGUGAUUGGCCAUCCGAUGCUGGUUGUACCGGUGGAUCAUCGACACCAACGACUCAAAAGAGUACAACAGAACAAAGUACUGAAGCAACAACUCCUAAGACCACUGCAUCAAGUACAACAACACCACAAAGUACUAAUACAACUGCAUCAAGUACAACAACUCCACAAAGUACAACUACAACUGCAUCAAGUACAACAACACCACAAAGUACUAAUACAACUGCAUCAAGUACAACAACUCCACAAAGUACAACUACAACUGCAUCAAGUACAACAACACCACAAAGUACUAAUACAACUGCAUCAAGUACAACAACUCCACAAAGUACAACUACAACUGCAUCAAGUACAACAACUCCACAAAGUACUAAUACAACUGCAUCAAGUACAACAACUCCACAAAGUACAACUACAACUGCAUCAAGUACAACAACACCACAAAGUACUAAUACAACUGCAUCAAGUACAACAACUCCACAAAGUACAACUACAACUGCAUCAAGUACAACAACUCCACAAAGUACUAAUACAACUGCAUCAAGUACAACAACUCCACAAAGUACAACUACAACUGCAUCAAGUACAACAACUCCACAAAGUACAACUACAACUGCAUCAAGUACAACAACUCCACAAAGUACUAACACAACUGCAUCAAGUACAACAACUCCACAAAGUACUAAUACAACUGCAUCAAGUACAACAACUCCACAAAGUACUAAUACAACUGCAUCAAGUACAACAACACCACAAAGUACAACUACAACUGCAUCAAGUACUACUACAAAGUCCCCAGCUACCAGUACAACUCAGAGUCCCGAAACUACGACAUCAGUAAACGAGUGUGUACAGGCUGGCAUAACUUGUCCUGCUGUCGAUGGACCAGAUUCUGUCUAUGCUCCACUACCAGAUUGUACUAAAUUUUGCCAGUGUUCAAACGGUGUACCAUACGUUCACUCUUGUCCAACGCCACUUCAUUUCAACCCAGUUUUAAAUGUUUGUGAUUGGCCAUCCGAUGCAGGUUGUACCGGUGGAUCAUCGACACCAACGACUCAAAAGAGUACAACAGAACAAAGUACUGAAGCAACAACUCCUAACACAACUCCAUCAAGUACAACAACUUCACAAAGUACUAAUACAACUGCAUCAAGUACAACAACUCCAGAAAGUACUAACACAACUGCAUCAAGUACUACUACAAAGUCCCCAGCUACCAGUACCACUCAGAGUCCCGAAACUACGACAUCAGUAAACGAGUGUGUACAGGCUGGCAUAACGUGUCCUGCUGUCGAUGGACCAGAUUCUGUCUAUGCUCCACUACCAGAUUGUACUAAAUUUUGCCAGUGUUCAAAUGGUGUACCAUACGUUCACUCUUGCCCAACUCCACUUCAUUUCAACCCUGUUUUAAACGUUUGUGAUUGGCCAUCUGAUGCAGGUUGUACUGGCGAAAUUUCAGAACCAACGACAAAAAGUACUAACGCUACAACUUUACCGAGCAGUACAUCAACUCAAACUCCUGUAACCACUACUGAAAUUGAAGAAAGUACUACAGGAAAUGGGGAAUUGACUACAGAAGGCCAAAAAUCUACUACUGAAAAUGAUGAAACUACUGGAAAUGAUGAAACCACUACUGCAAACGAUGAAACUACUACUGCAAAUGAUGAAAGUACUUCUGCAAAUGAGGAAACUACAACUGCAAAUAAUGAAACUACUACUGAAAAUGAUGAAACUACUGGAAAUGAUGAAAGUACAUCUGCAAAUGAUGAAACUACUUCUGCAAAUGACGAAACUACUGGAAAUGAUGAAAGUACUUCUGCAAAUGACGAAACAACUACUGCAAUUGAUGAAACUACUACUGAAAAUGAGCAAUCGACUACUGAGGACUCUGAAUCAACUAACAAUGAAUAUACCACCGAAGAAAUUACAGAUGUUACUACCUCCGAGGCACCAAUUCCCACCACUGAAGAAGGACCAAUUGAACCAACACCCUGUUCAACUGUCACUGUUACCGAAACAAUUAUUACUACAACCGUUAUAAGCGGAACUGAAUAUUGCUUACAAAAUAACAUAGAUUGUUCUUCAAAUGCACCCUUGUACAAGGCCCUACCAGACUGUUCCAAAUUUUGCCAGUGUUCAAACGGUGUUCCUUACAUGCAUAGUUGUCCAGACCAACAUUAUUUCAAUCCGGAUUUAAAUACUUGUGACAAGAAUAGGCAUUCGAGUUGCUCUGAUCAGAAUAGAACGACCAUUAUCGACGACAGUGUUAUAGAAAUUGAUACAGAAUGCACAGCUCAGGUUACCGAGGUCACCACAGAACAAGAGGUCUCCACAAAUCCUGAAACCACUGAAAAUCCUGAAAGCAGUGCAAAUCCUGAGGUCACCACAGAACAAGAAGUUACCACAAGGCAAAAUGUUACCACCGAGGUAGAUAAUGUUACUAGAGAAAGCGAGGUGACUACAGAAGGCCAGACAACAGAGCAACAGACGACGACAGAACGAAAGAGCAGUACAGAACAAGCGAUAACCACAGAAGGAACCACACAAUCCGAAGUAACUACAGAAAAACAGGUCACUACAGAAAAAGGGACAACUUCAUCUCAAUCUUCCUCUACAAAACCUUCUCCUGAAGACGAGGGAGUAAAACUUUGCCAGCAAACUGAUAUCGCUUGCCCCGCUAUCGAUAGCUAUGAUUCGGUUUACGGACCAGGACCUAACUGUACAACAUUCUGUCAAUGUUCUAAUGGUGUACCAUACCUUCACCACUGUCCAGAACCCUUACACUUCAAUCCCAUCAAGAACGUUUGCGAUUGGCAAGAUGACGCAGGUUGCGCAGUACCUGCCUAAUUGCCUAAGAUAAAUACAUUUUCUCAAUGAAGCAUUAGUUGCAAUAUAAUGAAAUAACCAAAACAAAUUUAUUAAAAAUUUAAAUAUAAAAUUUAUUUGAUUAUAUUAUAUUUAUUUGAUAUUAUAUAUUAUUUGAGCAUUUAUUUAAAGCGUACAUAUGUGAUAGAAAUAAUGUGUUUGAGUUCACCACAUGCUAGUAUGUUUUAAUAUCGCCCAAAAAGGUAGGUAAAUAAAUAACAAGGUAAUUAUUAUAUCUCUUUAAUUGCCCAUAUUAAUUACAUUUGAUAAACAUUUUGGUACAUUUGACAGACAAGUUUUACAUUUAUGCAAUGUUAGAUAUUUUACAUUUAUCACUGUUUAAUAAAAUACCCAGAGUUUAUUUUCAAAAUAAUCUACACCAAUUUUUAAAAAAGUUUAUGUAGGUAAGUUGGUAAAUAUUUGUUAUAGAAUUUUUCGAGAAUACCUAUUAAAAUUCAACAAUUUUUUAAAAUCAUUUUUGAUUUAUUCAUUAUUAUCUUGAUCAUAAAAUAAUAUGUAGGUAGUCGAUUUAAAUGUUACCUUUUAUUAUAUUUUCCAAAAAAACAUUGUUUAGAUGGAAAUACAUCAAUUUUCUUAGUAAAAUAAUUAGUGUUUAAUUUACAUAUCAAAACAAGUUUAAACAUUCAGUAUAAAAAAUAAGAAAAUCGAGAGUAUGUAGACAUUAACAAAUGAUAUUUUUGUAUAUUUUGUUUUUUUUUAAUUAGCGAUGUAACAAAAAACAAGAAAAACAAAUCUAAACUAAGAAAUGUGCGAAACAAUUAACGAAAUUUAUACACCGUUAUUACCGAAAUUUAAUCGCGCAUAAUGGGGAAAUCAAUGUUAAAUUUUUAGCCAUCUUUCUACCUACAUAUGUAAGUCUCCUAUACAUAUGUAAGUCCAGACUACCAGUGAACAUACAUUUUGAUAGAACGUUGCGAUAAUUUCUAAUAAAUAUCAUAUUUCCACUGGACCAUCCGCCGCGCUUUGUAGAGUUAUUUGUGUUAAGUACGAGAUGCGAGGACGAAGUACAAAAUUAUUUAGAAACUACAUUUAAUGGAUUAAUUUCUUCAUGUUACAUUCAAGAGGCCCCCAAAUCACCAGAUUUAUCCCCAAAUGACUUUUUUUGGGAUAUUUCAAAAAAAUAUGUGUAUCGGUAGGUACAGUUUUGAAACAGCAACAAAUCUUUGAAAUAAGGUAAAAAAUAAUUCAUAAACUUUCUGCUAGAAUUACACCUGAACAGCUCGGGAAUAUGAGACAUCUUCUUUACAGGUUUUGCUAUUGUUUAGGAGAAAGUGGUGAAUUAUUCGAACCCUUAUUAAAAUAGUUUUUAGUUGUUUACAGCUCUAUUAUUUUCAGUUUUAAAUUAUCGUUUUGUAUAUUUUUAAAAUUUCCUCUUUAUUUAUUUUUGGAAUAUACUUUUUUAUCAAGCCAUUGUGGCAAAAAGACAUAGGUACCUACAGAAUUCUAUUUGAAUAUUAGUGACAUUUUUUCAAUACAUUUUUGAGAAUUUAUUUGGGAAAUUAUUUGAUUUUGGAUCUAAUCGAAGCAAAGCGCGGAGUACGAUCCAGUCAAACAAUUAAAUUUAUUAGAAUUCAUCGCGACGUUCUAUUGAAAUAUACACUGGUAGACUGGAUUUCUGACGGCUAAGAAUUUAACAUUGAUUUCCCUAUUAUGUGCGAUUAAAUUUCCAACGGGCAUUUGUAAUUUUCAUUUGGAUAAAUCUGAAAUUGAAUGAAUUAUAAUAAUUAUAAAAAUUCAUUCAACACAAAAUAAAUCUUUACAAUUCCAUUGCUAAUUUUAUAAGCUAUGGAACUAAACUAAAACAAGUCUUCAUAGAGACUUAUUUUUCCAAUAACACAAACAUUCAUAGGACAAACAUAAAUCAAUUUUUUAAUAUAAAAUAAUUAUCUAAAAGAUUUGGAAAUUAAAUUAUUAAAAUUCUAAUUUGUGAAACUACUAGAUAGUACCUAUUUUGAUUUUUUUUGUAUUAUGUUAUUUUUUGAUAUAUAGGGUGGUCCAGAACUCGCGCCCCACCGGGACAAAAGCGAUGCCAAAACUGCAGUCAGACAUAAAGAAAGUUUUUCCUUUGGUAAAUGAAGAAUUUAAAAUCGCCAAUCCACGUUUAAUAUUUCAAAUUCACUUCAAAUAUUUACCAAAGGAAAAAGUUAUCAUGUCUUCGGCUGCAGUUUUAGCAUCUCUAUUGUCGUUUCCAUAAUCCUUUUCCCGGUUGGGCGCGAGUUCUAGAGCACCCUGCAUUGCGAACUUACAAACAUAAAUAAAAAUUAUCCUGCAUAAUUUCUACAAAAGACUCCAACAGUUAACAUUUUACAACGGUACAAUUCAAAUAGUUCAGAAACAAAAUAACAAGAAAUGGGACACACACACACACACACACACACACACGUAUUUUUAUGGUUUAUGAGUUUCAGUUACGACAAAGAUAUAGUCAAAAAAUUAAUAUCAAAUAACGACACAAAUUAUUCUUUUUUUAUCAAAUAUCUUUAACCAAUAAUAUUGUUAAUGUAAAGUCGCCAAAAAGGUGAAUUUUAAACGAUCUGAGUUGUUAUGCAUUAUUAAAAAUUAAUUGAAUUAAAAUUAUUCAUUUAUUGUUAUAUAAUCGUAAAUAUGAAGGGCACUGAGUAAAUAGGGUGUUUGACAGUUUUGCUUUAGAUUUAUUCAUAAAUUUUUAAUAAUACCAUUAAACAGAUCGUUAAUUAUUAACCUCCUAGAAGAAUUUCAAUGGCUAAAGAGCAAAAAAGUGAAGAUUGUAGAUACUCUCUGAAAAUAUUUUAAAUUUUCACUCUCAUGUCCUUUAGAAAUUUGAUUGUGGUUAAAACUUUAAUGUAUAGUAAAAAGGUAUAUUAAAUAAAUAAUUUACUAAUACUUACAUAUGUAUAUCGAUAUUUGCUUUUUAUAUUUGUUGUUUUUUUUACUUUAAUUAAUUAUUUUAUUUGUCAAAAAUUUUAUAUUUAAAUCGACUGUUUAAGAAUUAAUUAGUUUAAUCAUUCUUAAAUAAAUAUUAAUAGUAUUUCUACACAAAAUAUAAGAAUGUUUUGACCUUUGUGAAAAUUAUUUGCGCUUUUGUGAAUAAAUUCAUUUUGAAAAUACAAUCCAUAAGAUAUUCCAGAUUUCAUCAAAAUUUGAAAAAAAAUCUAAAACUUUUCACCUUUAUGUAGGUAUACUUUUUCGUUGAAAAAUUAUUGGAUUCUUUUAUGAAACAGUGAUAAUUAAAAAUGACUUUGAUAAUGAAAUUUCUAGCCUAAUCUAUCCUGACAAAAUUCAAUUUCAAGUUACUAGUUAAGUUAAACAUUUUUUUUUUUAGUUUUUACACGGUUUUGAACUUCCAAUUAAAUAGCGAAUUUUAAAAUCAACACAUUUACUCGUACAAAAACCUGACGUACCGGCAAGGCGUUAAUUCAAGUAACUUUGAUAAACCUAUUGCUCGUGAUUAAUAAAACCUUGUAAAAUAGAUACUAGUUGCGGAUAAGUAGGUUGUUUGCAUUUUGGUAACUGAACGUUGGUAACUGACCGAUUUUACAGAUUUUAUUCAUACAUUUGCAUUAUGAAUAAAGGCACUUAUUGUGCUAUCUCCAUUUGGAAAUUUCCUAAUAGUUAAUACGAUAAAAAAUUCAUUAAGUAAGUACGUACAACGUUUUAGUAGAUUAAAUGAUAUCGGAUGACGUCCCAGUCUCUCUUUUGGUGCUCAACGUUUGCAUUUUUCUCGAGAUGGAAUUGAUGGAGUCGAAGAAGAUUUCCACUUCUUGUUGGGAAUCGACUUUCAAAACCGGGUUUCCGGGCAGUUUAAUCGGCCUGUGGCUUCUUUUGGACGAGUGCUCCCGUUGGUCCGGCGCAUUUUUGGCCGGCGGAGCCUUUUCUGGGGCUUUUUUCAUUCAUCUAUCGCUCAGUGGAUUUUCUACUGGUAAUUUCUAAGCCGAAACGGGGUCUGUCGAAGAGAUGUGGUUUGGACGUUCAUUGUGUUUUACAUUUUUUCGGGCAAUAAAUUUUGUCACACGUUUGACAAAAUUAUAAAGAGUGUGUUGUCAUG